AUGCAGACGGAUAAUUAUCCAAACCUUAGCCUUCCAUUCGAAAUGAUGAGGCCGGAAUAUGAUGUCGUCGUCAUUGGAUCAGGUUAUGGAGCAGGUGUCGCAGCAAGCCGCAUGGCUAGAGCAAGGAAGAGUGUUGCGCUGCUGGAGCUCGGUUGGGAACGAAGACCGGGCUCUUUCCCCUAUACUCUCAAAGGGUGUUUGGCGGACAUGAAUAUUUCAGGAGACUCAACUAAGAGCUUCGAUAUCUGGAGAUGGUUCCCAUUCCUAUCUGGCGAUCCUACACGGUUGUUUCAAUUUGUCAUGGGAGAAGGGCAGCAUGCAUUUCUCGCGCACGGGCUCGGAGGUUGCUCACUGAUCAAUGCUGGAGUUUUCCUCGAAGCCGAUGAAAGCACCCUAAAGAUGAGUCCAUGGCCGAAGCAAAUAAGAGACGAGCCGUCAAUGCUUCGAAAAUAUUAUUCACGCGCGGCGAGUAUGCUGCAGCCAUCGACCUAUCCAGAAGAUGCCCCGGUCUUGAAUAAGCUUCGAAAUCUUGAAGCCCAAUCGAGAUGGCUAGGUGGAAAGGAAAAUUUCCAUCGUGUACCACUAACAUCAUUCUUUACCAAAACUCGGAAUAAAACCGGUGUUGAGAUGCAGGCAAACGAGGGCUCGGGAAAUGAAUCCACCGGUCUAAAUGAUGGGUCAAAAAAUUCCAUCCCCACUACGUAUCUCACGGACGCAUGGAAUUGGGGCGCCGAGAUUUUUUGUGGCUGUGAGGUACGCUUUAUAGAAAAGGCUCUUGAUGACAAGGGGUAUAUCGUCCACUUUGCGUUGCAUGGCAAGGGAAGACAAUCUUUCAGCGAAGCUUUCCAUAAGCAGCUCUUCUGGGUCAAAGCGAAUGACCUGUGUUUCCUCGGCGCUGGUGCAAUUGGAACGACAGAAAUAUUGCUUCGCUCUAGAGACUUUGGCUUACAAAUGUCUCCGUUGGUCGGCGCAAACUUAACUAGCAAUGGCGACUUGUUGCUUUUUGGAUAUAACAGUAAUGUUGAUAUCAAUGGUGUAUCGAAAGAGUCCUCGCAUGCCUUCAAAAGACCAGGUCCAACAGUCACCGGGGCCAUUGAUAACCGGAAGCGUGGCGAUCCAUUUCAGAACCCUCUCAAUGGGUUUAUUAUCCAAGAUGGUUCUAUUCCACAAUCGCUAAGUCCAAUAAUACAGGUUAUGCUGAUGCGGCAACUCCACGAUACUGGAAACCUUUCAUCCUCACUGCGUGGAAGUCUUCGAUUAAGAGCUGGCAAGAUGUAUUCCUCUUUCAAGUCUCUCAUAAUGGGACCGUAUACACAGGGUGGGGCAAUACAACGUACAGCAACAUAUUUGGUCAUGUCUCAUGACAGCAACGAGUUGUAUCUGACAAUGGAAGGAGACAAAGUGCUUUUACGAGGACCUACAGAAGGUCGAUCUACGUAUUUGACCAGUAUUAGGGAAAUGAUGAAAAGGGCCAUAACGAAUGCAGGAGCACGGCUUGGAAUCCUGUAUCUCUAUGGUAUUACCUAUGAGUCUGCUGAACUAUCGAUAAGUCUAUUAAUUUUAAACUUAGGUCAUCCGCAGGAAGAAGUAACCGUUCAUCCUCUUGGCGGAGCAAACAUGAGUAGGGAUGGUACAGGAUGUGAGGGGGUGACUAACCACAUGGGUCAAGUAUUUACGGGGUUUGGAAGCGAGGUGUACGAAGGAUUACUGUGCUGCGAUGGCUCGAUAGUACCUACUGCUUUAGGUGUGAACCCGCUGGCAACAAUUGCUGCAUUGGCUGAACGAACAGUUGAGACGAUUGCAGAGGAAAAGGGCGUCAAAAUUGACAUGGAAACGGAGAAUGGCAAUAUAGAUGCUGCAAGUAAGCCAAGGGUAUCGCACUUCCGGGGGAAUCCCUCCCACGAGGUAAAUAAAAUCACGAAUGGCCCACAUUCAAUCGGAUGGCAGUUCACGGAGAUUCUUGACGGGCAUAUCAGCAUACAGCCAAAACCAACGGGCUUUAUGACAGCUGAAAAGACCGGGAAAGGAUCAUCUUCUGCGAUACGAGCCUAUCUCACAAUAGAAAUAUGUACCUACAAGUCACGGUACACUGGAAAAUGUACCGGCACUGUGUCUUGUUAUGCACUUUCUAAGCGUACACUGAGAGUAAUGAACGGCGAAGUUCGCUUUUUCACACCAUCAGAAGAACACGCUGAACUGAAAGCCAUGGAAUAUUCACUACACCUUCUCUCCGUGGAAGGGAGAACCUACUUUUUGGAAGGCCAAAAGGAAAUCGACUCCCGUCUAUCAUUCUCCUUCAAAACGGUGUGGAAAGCAACAACAACAUUAAAUAUUAAGAUUUCGCAAGCGGGAGACGCCGUUGUCGGUAUAGGUAUACUACAUAUCUCAUGGCCAAAUUUCAGAAGGCAAGUGAGGACCUUUCAGCCGAUAGAAACGUUAAAUCUUUCUCGGGUCGUAGCAUUUAUUACAUUUUUGGUAUAUUUUACCUCCCAAAUCAUGAUCUUUUUCUUGCAUCCUUUUGCCCCAAUGAGAUUUCCACAGAAACCACCAAAGCUUGCCGCUAGAUGGAAGAAAAGAGAACCAUCAGAAAGCUUUGAAGUCAUGGCUGCAGAUGGAGUCAGUACCCUUCUUGAAAUGUACGAGCCAUCAGACACGAGCUUUGAACUGCGUAAGACAUCAGACCUUCCGCCAGUGCUUUUUCUACCUGGAAUCACCGGUGUGGGCGCGGAGUUCAACCUUUACGCACUACCGUUUGUACGCUGCAAUAUGCUCGACUACUUCACCAAACGCGGUCAUCGUUGCUACGUCUUGACACCACGGGGAAAUUGGAAGUGGGAUGUGGCGGGAAACUACACUGUAUUUGACAGUCGUCUUGACGUAGCCGCUGCGUUACAGAGCAUAAACAUGCGUGAGGCAAAAAAGCCAUACGUCGUGGCUCAUUGUCAAGGCUCUGUUGCUCUUGCUAUGGGGCUUCUCGAUGGGACGAUCUCGCGUGGCCAUGUCCUCGGUGUGACUGCUAAUUCUGUUUUUAUGCACCAAAUCUUUGGUUAUUGGAAUUCCGUCAAAGGAGGCACGACGUUUCUAAUCAGUCUAUACGAACUCCUUGCAGGAAAUUACUUCCCCGUCGCUACUCAAAAAAAGGACAAAAGCUCCUUUCAAAGACUACUGGAUGUUCUCCUCCGAUUCUAUCCGGUUCAGCACCGCCGAGAUAUCUGCACUUCGACUGCGUGUCACCGUACUUCUUUUGGGUUUGAUUUUUUUCAGGGACCCACACAACACUUUUAA